CUGCCUUUCAGCCAAUCACAAUGACUUCUACUUUAUUAACCUUGCUGACUUGGACGAUAUUUCUUCCAUAAGGGGGUGCAGACAUCAACAGUGCAAGGGAAGGGCUCUGCGGCACAAUGAUGGGAGGACUGGCUGCUCUGUUUCUUCUAUGUACAUUGUGCCUGAUUCGAACUGCAGAGGUUCCUCACCAGAUCUCUUUGACUGUGGUUGAACUUGGUGAUGAUUUGGGUUUGGCAUGUUUAGUCUCUGAAAAUACAGUGGAGAUGGUUUACUGGUAUAAGCUGAAGUUUGGAUAUGAGGUUCAAACUGUUGCGUCAGGAGCUUUUGGCGCAAUAAAACUCCAGGGAGAAUUUAAAAACCCAAGAUUCAACAUAACAAAAGUGCAUGCUCAGAAUGUUUUACACAUCAGAAAUGUAACAAAAGAAGAUGAAGCAACAUACUUCUGUCAAGUAGGAUCUUCAUACGAAAUGAAAACUAUUAACAGCACACUUGUAGUUUUGAAUGAUCAUAAAAACAUGAAGACAUUUUUCUACGUGAAACAAAGUCCGGAGACUGGCUGGAUCUGGCCGGGCGACUCAGUGACUCUCCAGUGUUCACUCCUCUCCAAAGACAAAGAAAAGCCACAUCAGUGUCCAGGUGAACACGAUGUGUACUGGUUCAGAUCUGGAUCAGGAGAAUCCCGUCCAAGCACCAUUUACAUUCACAGUGAGAAACAAAGGGAAAGAAGUUGUAUCUACAGUCUUUCCAAAACCAUUCACAACUCCUCUGAUGAAGGGACUUACUACUGUGCUGUGGCUACAUGUGGACAGAUCCUGUUAGGUGAAGGAACUACAGUGGAGACAAGAUCAAAACUGGAUGCAGUUGUCCUCGUACUUGGAGCACUGUUGGCCUGCUCUUUGGCUAUAAUCGCCCUUUCUUUCUACGUAAAUCGAAUAAGAGUUUGUCCACACUGCAGAGAAGCAACGAGAACCACCCCUGAUCCUAAAACUGACCAGUCGGCAGUGGAUGAAUUAACUGACCUGGAUGGAGAUGGAGAGGCGGUAAACUAUGCAGCACUGAAUUACUCCAAAAGAAAAGUGAAAAAAGUGAUGCAAAAGCAAGAGUUACCCCCCGAGUGUGUGUACUCCGCUGUGAGAGCAAACCACACACAGCACCACAAGCAGUUUAUAUGAGCCUCAGAUUUGCAUGUUUUUACCAAAUGUGCUGUUAAUUAUUUUUGCUUCAUAUUUUGCUUUUAAAGAGCUAGUUGUUGAUGAAGCACAAAAGAACACUGCUUGUUGCACAGUCAUGAGGAGGUGACUGAGAAAGGCUUGAAAUUAAUUCACUUUUUAAACACCAGGAGAGAAUAUGCGGGUAGCUUCAUAACAAAACGACACUGCAUCCAAGAUGGACUACACACAUGUAUUUGCUGAUUCUUCUGUAAAUAAUAAUAAUUGACCAUAAUGCUAUUAUUUGUAUAACUGUGCAAUGUUUUUCAAUCUGCAUUUGAAUAGAUGUUGUUAUUCUUGAGCCAGAGAUGCCAUGUGUGAAGUGAUUAUUGUAUUUACAUUUAUAUGGUGUGCACAUUUUAAGAAAAUAAGUCAAAUAAAUGUUUGCUGUAAUUGUA